AUGGCUGGUUGGCUGCGCGAACUCCGCAAAAACAUCACACCCAGCGACGACGGCACAGAUUCCCUCAUCAUCCACGUCGUAGGCACAAAGUCAGACAUUGUCGCCGACGACCCCUCCCGCCGCCGCGUUCCUUUCGAGCGCACAAUCGCCUAUGUCGCUGAACAACUUUAUCCAACCCAAGCCUCCACCCCACCAGCAACCGCAACGGCAGGUAUGGGCGGGCUAGGCUUUGGGACAUCUGUCUUUGGAGGUACGAGUGGCGGCAGCAACGCCAGUGCCAGUGCCGCAGCACUCUCGUCAAAUGCCCUUCAGAGUCCAGACUCGAAGCGCAGUUCGGCCUUCUGGGGACAGGAGAUUGGGUGGGAUUGCUGUCAUGAGAUCAGCGCACGGGACGGCGAGGGGAUCGAUGAGGUUUUCCGGGUUAUCACGCGUAAGCUGGUUGAACAGCGUAAUCGGCGGGAUACCGAGCUGGCUUUGUCGAUCGGCAGUACUUCCAUAGCUAAUGGGGUUGUCGGGCCUUUUAGUCCUGGGGUUGUGGAGGGUACCGGAAGUUUCCGACUCGGCCAUGGUGAUAAGAGGAGGAGUUGGCUUGGUUUGGCAGUACCUGUUGAUGUUGAUGCAGCUGAGCAGGAGAGGGUUAUGCGUGCGUCACGCAAUAAGGGGCGCUGCUGUUGA